AUGCUUCGUAGAGACGAGGCGGUGUCAGCUCGUGGGGCGCCAGCGUUUGCCUUUGCGUCUCGUCACUUGCUACAGACGGGUCACACUGUUCGUGUUAGUACGUGCGCUGCUCGCGUUGGUCCUCGGUACCUCGGGCGUCAGCGGUUUGCGUGUCGCCUUGGGAAACUGCGAGCCAGUGGACCGUUCCCAGAUGGCCCUGAAAACCCGAUUUCGCCCGAUGACCAACCGGACGGUUCAGACAGCGCACUUUUAGAGUCACUGAGGCGGCGCGUUCGGGACCUAUACGGCAGCGAAGAGGCACCCGUCGCGGGGCGUGUGCCGCCGACCAAGGACAGUGCUCUGGAGGCACCGUUGCGACGUGAACGCGGUGGUCGGACUGUUCGUACCUACGUGAGGGCGCAGCAAGAGCGCUCGCAGGCGCUGUUCGUUGUGGGGUCCAUUUUCUUCCUCUCGAUUUUGUCGGGAGUUCUGUUCGUUUUCAUAUACGGGGCGGGUGCGGUUCAUGGCGGGGGUCACAGUGUUCAGCAUAAACCACCAAUUUACGGAACUGACUCCUACGUGAACCCAUACGAGCUAUUGGAAAGUAGCUCGUCUUUCGAUCAGUAG